ACAACCCAAAACCCAAUUUUGUUACCUCUUCUUUCCUCAAUCCUAAAGUCAAAACAAACAAAAAGCUUCCAUUUUUUUUCUUUGAUUAUCUUCAAUCGGAAUUUCAGGUGUGAGAGAUGGGUUCUGAAGGACCAAAAGCAAUAACGAUUCAUGUGACUGGUUUCAAGAAAUUUCUUGGGGUUUCAGAGAAUCCUACUGAGAAGAUAGCUAAUGGUUUGAAAUCGUAUGUGGAGAAACGAGGUUUGCCUUCUGGAUUGUGUCUUGGUAGCUGUAGUGUUCUUGACACUGCUGGGGAAGGUGCAAAAUCUAAGCUUUAUGAGGUUUUGGAGUCUAGUGUUGUCUCUGGAGAUAAGAACAACAAUGGAACUGUUGUCUGGGUAAGCCUCUUACUUAUUUCUUGAUCAUCAUUGUUAUAAUCUGUCUCAGUCUUAACUGGUUAUAGACUUUAGAGUUAUAGCUUAAGUUUAAGUCUAACUUGGAUUUACAGUUUCCUCUUUUUUAGUUUGGGUAUUGUAUUUUCAUAUAUAUAUAUAUAUAUAUAUAUAUAUAUAUAUAUAUAUAUAUAUAGAGUCGAAGCUCUUGUUGGUGAUCAUCAUUCAAAAAGUUAAGAGAGCUUUUAGUGCAAUCGGUUUCAGCGAGAAAGAGAGUUAUCUCUUUGGGAGCUUCGCUUGAUUAAAUGGUUUGGAUUUUGAAUUGUGUUUGACUUGCAACCAAUAGUCUAUAAGAGAUGACAUCAACAGUAACUGCACGAACAGAGGGACGUUCUGAUGCGUUAGAGACGAACCAAGAAGAUACUAAAAACACAUCUGCUACACUCCUUGAGUUACCACUUUUAGAUUUGAGAAGCUUUGAUAUGCCAAACAUAAUGGAAUUCAAAGGAACAGUGGAUGGACAUGAAGUCGUUAUUAUAGUGGAUAGUGGAGCAAGUAAGAACUUCGUAGCUUCUUGGCUGAGUGAUAAGCUUGACAGACCUAUUGAACCAACACCCCGUUUUCGUGCUCUUUUAGCUGAUGGACGUAUUGAAUCUUUCCAAGGGAAGUACUCCAAUUUGCCUAUCACAAUUGGAUCAGAAACUCUCUAUGUUGAUUGUUUCUUAUUUACAUUGGGAGGAGGCGACAUCAUCUUUGGUGGUCAAUGGUUGGCUUCCCUCGAGAUGUGAUUGCAAACUGGAAAACCAUGUUUUUAAGCUUCACUCGAGAUGGCCGCAAUAUACGAUUGAAUGGUGACCCUUCGUUAGCUUGCUCAGAAAUCUCAGCUCGUGGACCUGAAAAGUUGCAUGAAGAUCAUUGUGCUUGGUUAUGGACGGUGUGAGACAAAUUAUAGACUUAGAACGUUGAUAGAGUGUGAUUCAGCUGUGUUUCUUUUUCCAUCUUCAGUAAUGAGUCGGUAUUUGUUUUUGUUUUGGAGUUGUGUUUAUAUACUAAAGAGAAAAGACUAGACUAAGGGUUGAUUUGGUUUUUUCUUUUGGGUUACAUUUAGCAGUUAAGGUCUUAGGAAGUUUAGGUUUUGUAAGAACUUUUUACUUAGAAAUAAAAAUACUUGUUUUC